AUGCGCCGCUCAACAAGACGGUCAUGUGGUUGGAACUUGGGAUACCACGUGCGCAAUCAUCAACCUUUGCCUCUCGACAGCGCCAAAGGCAGCCCCGACAGUGACGUGGUACCGCACGUGGUACCGCACGUGGUUUAUCCCGUGCGCAGUCCUCAACUACCUCGUCGCGUCAGCGCCAGACACAGCGCGUGCCCCCAGCCCCUUUGCGAAGACCACAAGCACAAGCCUCAAACUCGAUCACCAUCACCAUCACCAUCAAUCACCAGUACCAUCCUCUCCUACCAACCAGAUUCCCUUGUCGGGUUCACCACUCAACCUUGGUCCCUUGAAAGUUCGCAAGGUCAGGUCCUUGCAAGCCUCAAUCAACUACUGCAAGAGUACCAGGCUGGGAAGACGACUCAAGCCAAUAUUUUACUUAAGAUUGAGAAGGCCAAUGGGCUCUGUAAGGAUAUUUCUCGGCCUGCGACUGUUGAGACCAGUCAGCAGGAGAUCCUCGCUGCUGUGCGGGCUUUAAAGCCAUCAGCAAUGGAUGAACGCGCCAACCAGGCAACUAAUGGUAUGAUGAGCGCCAACUUGAAGAAAAAUAGAUAA